CAUACUCACAUACCUACUAGAAAACAUCACUUCAGCUGAAUGGAGUUCAGUGGUGAUGCUAAUCAAGAACAGUGGAAGGAACAUUUUGGAAGGGAACAGAUAUACAUGCCAAGCAGUAAAGUUCAAGCUGUACACCGGAAUCAGAGCAAGAUGCCUCUUGGUGGAGGAAACAAAUGUGGCUGCUGUCAGAAAACAGUGUACUUUGCAGAGGAAGUGCAGUGUGAAGGGAAGAGCUUCCACAGAUCCUGCUUCCUGUGCAUGGUGUGCAGAAAAAAUCUAGACAGCACUACUGUGGCCGUCCAUGAGGAUGAGAUCUACUGCAAGGCUUGUUAUGGUAAAAAAUAUGGGCCCAAAGGCUAUGGCUACGGCGCUGGUGCAGGGACUCUGAGCAUGGACAAAGGAGAGGUGCUUGGUAUUAAAGUUGAAGAGCCUCAGUCACACCGGCCAACCAACAACCCCAACACAUCCAAGUUUGCUCAAACGUUUGGUGGCUCUGAUGCUUGUCCGCGAUGUCGUAAGGCUGUCUAUGCGGCUGAGAAAGUCAUAGGGGCAGGAAGUGCUUGGCACAAGGGUUGUUUUCGAUGUGCUAAGUGUGGCAAGGGGCUGGAGUCCACAACUUUGGCCGACAAGGAUGGCGAAAUCUAUUGCAAAGGUUGCUAUGCCAAAAACUUUGGGCCGAAGGGUUUUGGAUACGGUCAAGGAGCUGGAGCAUUGUCACACACUCAAUAGAUACAAAAACACAACUUACCCCACAUCCCUUAUUCAUGAGCAUCUGUAUAAGCAGCUGAACACCUCCUCCUUGUGUGCAUGUGCAGGGGGCGAGUGAGUGCAUGCCAUUGUCUUCAAACAGGAAACUGGUGUCAGUCAAAAAGGAAACCUGAGCCCAGAUGCUUUAGUCUCAGUCAUAAAUGAGACGACACAUUCCGCAUCCCAAAAACACAAUUUCAUUGUCUUGAACCCAUAAACAUCUAUUCUUAAAUCUAGAACAUUACCAAACACUUGUAAGAACAUCAACUAUGUAAAGAAAGCAUGGGAUUAACCCUUUAUCUACUCACCUGUGGUGAUCACACAGAUUUCAUGGAAUUUGAGCUGUAUGGUAAUAUCACUGUUCCUCACUCUGAGGUACUGACUGUUCCGUAUAAUGGAUCAACAUACCAGUUUACUUGAUUCAUGCUUGUUUGAGCUUAAUCACUGUAAAUAAUGUUCCCUUUUGCUCUAUUCAAAGCAUGUAAGAUUCACAUUCCUUGGUUUAAGAUGCACUAUAGCUAAAGUGGCCCCAUAGAAUUAAGACACGUCAGAAUUUCAUUGCCUUAGAUAACAAAACAUGAAAUCAAGUGGGAUUUAAGAGAGAUAGCACAUUGUUCAAGCAGAACAUUUCAUAAACAGUGGUUUGGUUGGUUUUCAAUAAUCAUAAUAAAAAAAUACAUACUUUUUAUUUGUUUGAGGCAUGCCAUUUGGUUUGAUAUAUUACUAUAGAAUGUGUGGCUUAAAUGGAUAGUUCACCCAAAACAUUUUAUUUUCUCAUAAUUUACUCACCCUCAUGCCAUUCCAGAUGUGUAUGAAUUUCUUUCUUCCUCAGAA